AUGGGUAACUCACCAACAGAGGAAGACAUUAACAAUAUUGAUGCACUGGAGAUACCAAUUGGAUUCAGAUUUUCACCAACAGAUCUAGAGCUUGUUAAUUAUUAUCUGUUACCGAAGAUCUUGGGUGAGCCUCUUCCAGCUUCUGUCAUUCUCGACAUUGAUGAAACCGAGCUUUACAGCAAACCACCGAACAAAUUAGAGAUGAAUUUUUGUGAGAGGAAGGAAUGCUUUUUCUUUACGCAUGGAGAUGGAUAUUCUCAUGAUGAAUUAAGAUCAAUUCGCAUGGUGGGAAAUGGGAAAGGUUUCUGGAAAUCUGAUGGAGAAGAAACAUUUAUCUGUAAUUGUUAUGGAGAUAACAAGUUUGCUUUCAAAAUAUGUUGGACUUACUACAAUGGAACACCAAAGAAAGGAAAAAAAACAAAAUGGGUUAUGUCUGAGUAUCGAUUGCAAAUGGAAGAUGAUAACCUAACGGACGAAAAGGAAUGGAUCCUUGGAAGGAUUGAAUAUGUUUGUCAUUACAAGAACCCAUUUGAGUGA